AUGGACGUCAACAACAAGCGUUAUGUAAUUGUGCAAGGCAGAUGUGUCUUUGACCCCAAGUAGGCCUUGGGUUUGGGAAUACUGCACAUGUAGGCCAGUUGAGGAGUGUGUUGAGAGUCAAGAAAUACCAUAUGUUUAACCAAUGGCCUUUUAGCAGUUUAAACACAAUUCGAACUAUCCAAAUAAUUGACAACUGUUUACCCAAGUCUGCGUAACUAUUUUCAACCUCUCCCCUUUUAGCUGAGCAGAUUUUGCAGUCUGCCUCAAAGCCACAAUAUAUUUUAAAAGCACAUUUUUGUUACAUUUAGGCAUUUUAGUGGUGGUGUUGCUGUGGUUCAGUUGAUUCACUAUUGAGGACACACACCUCAGUUCCAUUUCAUCUAAAUUCCUUGUUUUCCUGCCGACAUCACCACCCUGUGCAGUUCUAGAAACAGGAUGUCUGAUGAUGCUAGCUUUCUACACACACACACACACACACACACACACACACACACACACACACACACACACACACAACACACACACACACACACACGUUUAUAUCCAUUAGGCCCUUAUGGAUUUGGGGUCAGGCCUACAACAUUUCCUAUUGGAUUCGUAGGAUCCAUGUCCUCCUGUAUCAAGUUGGGUCAUCUGUUAUAAUACAUGUAUAACAUGUGGAAGUAUUACUCUCACACAACAAUGCCCUUGUUCUACAGUACCUCUCAAAAUGUGAUGUUUUACUUUCCGUAUAUGGACAUGGUGGUUUCAACAGUAGGCAUGCAAAUAUGUCUCCAUACAGGAAACAGGAAGUGUAUUACAACUAGAGCACAGAGUUUCUAAACCUGAGAAUUGAGCUGACAUGCGUUAUCUUGCUAGAAUACAAUGGAAUGUGUGAAACCAGAAUGGCAAAAAUAGCUAAAUUGUACCUUAAACCAUAGAUUGUAGCUGUGGUUAACACUUCAACAGUUUGGGCCUUAGAAUUUACACCACCAGUAGUUGUGGAAGGGAAUGUUUGACAUGUCAUAUUUCUGUGUAGUCUUGUCCUGCAUGAAAUGUGUAAACUGAGGUGAAAUAAUAAUGUUAUUAUGAUCAGCCUUAUGUUUACCUAAGUUACGAUAGCCUAAUCCAUACCACCCCAGUUUCAUAUGUAUCUGUGAUUAUACCUGGUGGUUAAGGAUUAAUUACACAUCUUUACUCAGUGUUUCUAAUCUCAAAAUCGUUCUCUUGUCUUUAGGGCGAAGGUGCUCGCGCCGUCCCUCUCACCGGCCAUGUCGGCUUCGACAGCAUGCCCGACCAACUGGUCAACAAGUCUGUCAACCACGGCUUUUGCUUCAACAUCCUCUGCGUUGGUGAGUGUGUCAUGCGUGAAACCUCCCUUUUUCUCCUCAAGGCAAAAUGGGAGCCAUUCUCCGCCGCAAUGUAUGUCAUUCGUUUCCACUGUAGAUGCAAACCCAAUUCAUUCUGUCUUUGACUCACUUUGGUGGUUUCUCACUGGUCAGUAGUCAGCUCUGGUUACCGUAGCUAAUUCAUCCUCCGUCAUGUUCGAGCUAUCAUCUGGGACUGGGCCAGUAAAAUGAUUUUUCCAACAUUUUUGAUAAACAGGGCAAGAUAGAAAUUGGCCUAUAACAGUUAGGAUCAGCUUGAUCUCCCCCUCUAAAUAAAGGAUGCACCAUGGCUGCCUUCCAAGCACUGGGGACCUUCCCAGAGAGGAGAGACAGGUUAAAAAGGUCAGAGACAGGCUUGGCGAUGAUAGGGGCAGCAACCUUAAAGAAGAAAGGACCUAAACCAUCUGACCCAGAUGUUUUUUUAGGGUCAAGUUUAUGGAGCUCCUUUAGCACCUCAGACUCAGUGACUUCCUUCAAGGAGAAACUGUGUAGCGGGGCAGGGGAAAAAGAGGGAGGAGCAUCGGGGCUAGUCGCAUUAGAAGGGCUGGGAGAUGAGGAAGUGUUGGAUGGGCAAAGAGGCGUGACAGAGUCAAAUAGGAAUCCUGACUUAAUGAAGUGGUGAUUAAAGAGCUCAGCCAUUCGCUCCUUGUCAGUAACAACCACAUCAUCAACAUUAAGGGACAUGGGCAGCUGUGAGGAGGAGGGUUUAUUCUCCAGGCCUUUCACCAUUUCCCAGAACUUCUUGGGGUUAGACCCACAGAGAGAGAACUGCUCCUUAAAGUAACUAACUUUGGCCUUCCGGAUAGCCUGAGUGCACUUAUUUCUCAUUUGCCUGAACGACAGUCAGUCAGCCUGAGUAUUUGUGUGCCAAGCCUUUCGCCAAAUGGUGUUCUUGAGGUGGACUAACUCUGCUAGAUCACGUUCAAACCUGUUUUUAAUUCUCAUGUUCUUUAUGGGGGCGUGCUUGUUAACAAUACCACUGAAAAUAUUUAAAAAAAGAAGGUCCAAGCAUCUUCAACAGAGGGGAUCAAGCUGAUUCUAUACCAAUUCAGGCCAGGCCAUGAAGGAAGGUGGUUUAAGCAUGUCCCAGUUUUGGUCACCUAGCAGGACAAAUUCAGACUUAGUGGGCCAGGAGAGAGCUUAGGGCAGGUAGGGUACAGGCCGGUGCUGAUGGUGGAUGAUAACACCCAGCAACAGUCAACAAAGAGCUAUUUGUUUAAUGCUUAAAACCAGCAAAUCAAAUUGUGGAGACAACCUAGCACUGAAGGUGUUCCUUGGUAAAGAUUGCCACUCCACCACCUUUGGAAGAUCUGUAUUGCCGAAACAGGUUAUAACCAGAAAGGUUAACAUCAGUGUUUAGAACACUCUUUCUUAACCAUGUCUCAGUAAGGACCAACACAUCUGGCUGGAUAAGAGCUGUGAACCCACACUUUCAAUUGAUACAUUUUAGGUAAUAAGCUUCUAGUGUUAACGUGCAGAAAACCCAGGCUUUUACGAGAGAAGAAAUCAGUGAAGCAGAACUCAUCAGAGCACAAGUCAGAAUUGGAGCAGAUAAAACAUCUGAAGCAAAUUAAGUGUUUCCAUUGCCCAUUUAGGCAAAUUGCGCAUUGAUAAAUUGGCAACAGCCUAUAUGCCCUCCCACCUAUCUGUUUAAAAUCUCAGGUAGCCCGCGAAAGCCAGCAUGGAUAGAAUGCAAGAAUUGACUAAUAUUAUUUGCCAUAUUCAAAUAAUCCCCCCCCCAACUCCAUAUACAAACUUAUACAUACGAACAACAAUUUACAGACGCACAGAUGCACACAAACAAUGACUACAUCUAAUCUGCCCAGAUCCGCAUGCUCACACUCCCAUCCCUAGUACCUGCAUUAUUGUUUGCCACUCGGCCUUAAAUUGUAUCAGUUUGUUUUUCCUCUGUCGCCCAUACCAUUUCAAUAUUUCAAUAAUAAAUCAUUCAAUUUUUUCAUUGUGUUAACGAUGGCGGAUUAAUUUCCAAGUUUUUAGUAUACGUUUUUUCAAGAUGAGUGAUGAGAAGAGAAUUGUCCAGCACAUUGGGUAUCUCACUACACCCCCGUAUGCCAUGUCUUGAAAUAUGUAGACAGACUUAUUAAAAUAACAUUUACAUAUUUAAAUCAUUCUCAUGUGCCAACCUUUCGCCACUGUCUGUGCCAUGUUGAAACGUGCAUUCCUGUAGAUCUGAAAUAAUUGGAUGCAUCCAGCCAACCAGAAAAGGAAGUCGAAGCAAUUCAUCCAUUCUUGAAAGUCAGGACAAGGAUCCUGCAAAGAAACAUUAGUUAUACUGUAUAGUUAAAAAAUAGAUUUAGCAAGCAGUAGGCAUUUAGAAUUAAAAUGUGGAGUGGAGCUUCAUAGUUACGUGUUGACAUCAUUUUGACACCUUCAAAAUUAUUCGGCAAUCAUCAUUGGAAAAUCACUGUUUCCAUCAUAAUUUGUCGCAAUAAACAAAGUUUGACAAAAGACAAAUCAACCCCUGUCGAUUGGAUAAAAAUGUUGUCAAUCUUUAGAAAAUCAAAAUGAUCAUGACACGAGCUGAAUUAAAUGUAAAAGGCUUUGAAAAUAAAAUGUUGCGGUACGCUCAGUGCUCCAUUGACAUUUCACAGAGAUACGCUUGUUUUUGUGAGAAGUCUUAGAAAAAGAACAGGAACUUCGCAUUAAUAUGAACAGUGUAUACUAAACUAUGAUAAUGUCUAUGUCUCAAAAUCGAUAUCUAUCUUACCUCUAUAUUGUUUUAUGUCCUCCGGAUGGGUGAAGAAAGAUGAGUUCCACAGUAAGCCUGUUAGUUAGCCUCGAUCCUUCCACAGCAUCCAGCCCAGUUGACGCAAUGUUGUUUUCCUGAUUUUUGACCACUUUAUUUUCUCUGGCCUCCAUUUGAUUUAUUUGCCCUAAUUUUGGCCAUCCUACAAGGGUAAAAACGCAAAUUAGUUUUGAACGGAUUUUGAUAGAGACAUGAGGUUUAGACCAUUGGUUUUAUUAGAGGAUUAUCUACACAAUGAACAUAUUAUUUUACUCAUUGGUCAAAAUAUGUGUUUUUGAUUGGACACUACUAUGUCAGCCGUUUCCAUUACACGUGUCGCAAAUUUUUUUUUGCGACAUUGCUUUUGUCGUUUAAACUUGGGUGAAUGGAAACCUGCCUAUUGACCUGCUAUAGAGUUUUCAUAUAUUAGCCUUAUUUUAAAGCAAAAUGUAAAGCAUUUUGUCCAUUUUGUUGAAAGUAGGAAACAGAGAAUAUAAUCCCCUCUCCAUUUUCAACACUUUAAAUUACUUGAAAGUUAUCAGUGGCACUCAAAACGUUCUAAAGCAAUGGCAGAAGCCGAAGAACCUGUAUUAUUACAGUCUACUCUAUAAAUUCUGGUGUGUGUGGAUCCCAGAAAGCAAAACAAGAACUGAAUCGAGAGCAAAACAUUUUUAAAGCUUUAAUACAGCUCCAUUACAACUAUACUUUUUGCUGGUACAUUCAAACGUAAACCUUUGGAUGUCAGGGCCCAAUCUUUAGCAUGGGGUUCAGUUUGAGUCACUGCCAGGCGAGAUGCUCAUUGCUUAGUCCAGCCCUGCCAAGUUAUUAUGAGGAUGAUGAGAGACCACGGAAACAUCUUGACAAUGACCUUAGGUGGAGUUUCUCUCAGACGCAGGAAAUGGGAGGGGAGAAUCUGGCAUUGUGCUGUUCCAUUCUAACCCCCCUCCCCCUUAAACUAUAUAUUGUGCACUCAGAGUGAAAGCCUGAUGCCUUGUGAAUAGUAGUCUACUAUACCGUUGGCAGUGUAGCGCUCUGCGUGCUCUGUGUGUAGAUGUGGUGUCUGAUGAACAGAAGAAAGCCUAGUGCUGCAUCCCAAAUGGCACCUUAUUCCCUACGUAGUGCACUACUUUUGACCCAAAAGUACGUAGGGAAUAAGGUGCCAUUUGGGACGUACCACUAGAUUUUCUCACAAGGCGUCUUACUCACUCGACUGACAGCUUUGAACAGUGUGAGUUUGUCAGAAUGCAUCAGGACAUCUGUGACUCAGACCCAUGCUGCCAUUUUUACGAUGGUCUGCUCCAGAUAUCAACUGUGGUGGACAUAGGAUUAGCUUGCUGUUGUGCUGCACCGCUGCAAGAUGUCACAUUCAAUGUAGUCCCUCUUAAAGGCACCCAAGUUAUCAGACAUUUCUGCUGCGCAUCUUUUUUUAUUCCAUUAAAAAGCGCCUCUCCUGCCAAAAGCAGCAGAGGAGCCAGAGGGAGGGGCUCACACGGCUAAAUGUAUAGGGAAGUGACAAAUGGGAAGAGUCCAUAUAAUUAACAUUCUGGUGGCAUUAGAGAGAUCUGCUCUGCAGCCCGAGUCCAAAUUGUAAAACUGCAGUCUUUUCAACAGGAUGUACGAAAUCCUGUAAUGUACAGUAUGGGAGAAUCUUUUAAACUUUUAUUCUGACAAUGGCCCAAUCUGGAAUAUUCCUUGCUGUUCAAUGCUAAUUUCCAUUAAUGAUAUACUGUAGCCUAUACCCAUUGACUCUUGAAGAAUAUAGCUUAUAAAUGCCUAAUGAGCUUAGUACAACUAUCUCACACAAACUCAAUCUCCAGAUAGUAUAGAGAGUCCACAAAAAAAGGACACAAUGGAGAAUUAACUGAAAGGUGUGUGUGUGAUUUAGGUGAGACGGGCCUCGGCAAGUCCACUCUCAUGGACACCCUGUUCAACACCAAGUUCGAGGGUGAGCCCACCCAGCACAACCAGCCGGGCGUGCAGCUCAAGUCCAACACCUACGAGCUCCAGGAGAGCAACGUGCGCCUCAAGCUGACCGUGGUCAACACUGUGGGCUUCGGAGACCAGAUCAACAAAGAGAACAGGUGAGAGACAAUGAUGUAGAUAAACAAGAUGAAUAUAAUGUAUGUCUGUCUGUCUAUCUUUGGGAAGAGAGCCCCAGGUUCCGCUUCAUGUGUCUAAGAGAUGUAUAGAUUGUACAAUAACUUAUGGGUCGCGUUCAUUAGAAACAGAAGAAAACUCUCUGAAAUGGGUAGGCACUAUGAUAACUUACGCAACCUCCUUAUGAAUACAGGCCUGGAGUUUCUACAGUAUACCACUACCAAGAAUAUAAUAUCUUUCACAGGAGUGAUAGUUUGUGAAUGUCACUAUUUAAUUGUGCAUGCUUGAGAUGCCCCCUAUGAAGUGUGGACUUGAGAUGCCCCCUCUGGAGUCUGGUGGAACAUUAGGUACCAAUCUUAUUACACUCUUAUGGUGCCUCUCCCAUACCUUAUGAAAGCAGUGAGUCACUGAUAUAUUUAUUGUUAGACAAGAUGAAUAACAGUAGUCUGACACUUGAGCCAGGAGUCUCCAGGGCUAAAUCAUACAGUGUCUUGUCUGUGGGAAAGGGAGUGCUACUCUACCUGUCACCUUCCCCCUUCUAGUGAACAUGGGAUCUCAUUGUAUCCAUUCUCUCUCCCUCCUGUCAUGUGAACCUCAUUCCUCAUCAUGAGAGAUCAGAGAGAGGAUGGAUGAUGUCAUGUGAGCACCAGGCAGCUCUCUCUCUAAUCUCAGUCCUCAGUCUGUCCCAGACCUCUCUAGCUGCUCUGGUUAGGGCCCCAGGGGGAGGCUGUGCUAGUUACAGGAACCCUCUUGUAGGUCAGCGCUCCAGGUUCAAACUGCUUCACAUCACUAUCAAAUGGUGGAUGGAUGAGUGUGAGCUAAGGGCUAGCAGUUAGCGGCAUCCAUCACAAAGACAAUACCAGUCAUAUGAGUUUCUUAUGAGGGGGAGUGGAGGUGGGAAUAGGUGUCACUCACACGGAGGGCGGAGGUUAGACCUGAGUUUAAUCAGCGGUUCCGAUCCGCCUUCGGCUGUGCGGUGCAUCUUCCCUUUCCUUGGCGAUGGUAUGCCUUUGAUGCCUCUCCUCUGCUCCCUGAUCCGUGCGCUCCCACAUCUCUUCUCCAUCAAGUUAUGCCUGAUGACUCCCAGCUAUUGAGACCCAGCUCAGCUGAAUGAUGGAUCAGCAAAUUCCUUAUACAGAGCUGAGUUGUACUCACUUAGCAUCUAGCUACCGCCCACUGACAACACUCCGGGAUUAAAGUACAAACUGGCUUAAAUCUCUCACUUAAAGGGAUACUUCUGGAUUUAUCUACUUCCACAGAGUCAGAUGAACUUGUGUAUACCAUUUAUGUGUUUCUGCGUGCAGUUGGAAGGAAGUUGCUAACUUGUGUUAGCGCAAUGAGCCGGAAGUCUACGGUAUCAGCUAGCAUACUGGAUGCAGAGACAUAAAAAUGGUAUCCAUAAAUUCAUCUGACUCUGGGGAAGUAUGUAAAGUGCUUCAUUGCCAAAAUCCCAAAGUAUCCCUUUAAGAGAUGCUUUACAACACCCUCUGGUAUUCUAUGGUGGUGGAACUGUCUUCAUUUUGAGUGAACGUAAAGGUAUAGCCUACCCUUGAAUCCUUCAUAGACGAUAGUAAGACACAUUUUCUCUUUUUGGUGCACAGCUACGUCUUCAGUCCAGUUUCCUUAUCAGCUGUUUAUGGUGUGAUUAUAACACCUUGAAACACAUACACGCUUUUCUCUCCUCAGCUACAAGUCUAUUGUGGAGUUUAUCGACACCCAGUUUGAGGCCUAUCUGCAGGAGGAGCUGAAAAUCAAGCGCACGUUACACAGCUACCACGACACACGCAUCCACGCCUGCCUGUACUUCAUCACGCCCACCGGACACUCCCUCAAGUCCCUGGACCUAGUCACUAUGAAGAAACUGGACAGCAAGGUGAGCUGCAAGACUAGCUAAUUACACUACGAUUCCAAUGGUUCACUGGGUUCAACCUGCAUGGGCCAGAUAUAGUAUACUGAGUUGGCCUAUAUGUGUCACUGUCAAUGUUGGCUUCUCUGUAAGUCGCUUUAGAUAAAGAUAUUUGCCAAAUUAUCAUAUUACGCAAUACAUUCAUUGAACUCUGCUGAUUUGAAGUGUCACUUGAAAAGCAGCUUCCUUAAUAUGAUGAUAAUCUCGGUUGAAGAGUUAUAUUUUAUUCAUAGCUAUUUAUAAAAUGCAGGGGGAAAAGAGAAAGCUCUCUAGCCUCAAGAUGAUGUCACAAUGUGGAUGCAGGGCAGCAUUGAUGUCAUCACAGAGAACUUCAUCAUCAUUUCAUUGUGGCUCAUAAACUCUUCUACACCAUUUGCACACUCAAAGAUGGGCUCCUGUCCCGUGACGGUGUUGGUCGUCACGGUGACCGCUUACUCUAUUUUCCUAGGGCCACCCCAAAAGGCCCUAUUUGCAUAGAGACUUCCUGACUUUCGAACAAAGGGGCUCCUCAGUGUUUGCCAGAGCAGCUGUACCCUAGCCACCUUCCAGCCUCUCACAGCAGUGUGGUCUGUGAUCCAGAGCAGAAGCCUUCCUGUGUAUACAGUCACACGGCUCUUAGCAUCAUCCCAGCAUCCUUGGCACUAGUGACUGUAAAGCCCUCUAUAGGAGGUCCAAGGACCAAUGCUAGUGGGUGGUGCGGGAGGCAGGCAGCUACAAUGAAACAAAGCCUGUUGCGUAGGAGGGAGUGCGGUGUCUCUGUGUUUAUGGGUGAGAAGUGGUGAUGGGUGAAUGUUUGACAAAGACCCCCCUGCAUCCUCAGGCCUCCUUUUCAGUCCUGUGGGCUCCUCUUCAUUCCUGUGGGCUCCUCUUCAGUCCUGUUGGCUCCUCUUCAGUCCUGUGGGCUCCAUUGAAGCAGAUAUUCUGGCAUGCUGUAUCUCUUCCCUCUCUCUCCAUGUUCUGAUUUUGGCACCAAGCAUGGGGGCUGGAGGAAGGGUUUCUUCUAAACAAGCCGGAUCAGUAGGCUCUCAUCAUUAACAUUGUGUUUGGAGAUCUCUUCACGAGAUAGAUCCUGCGUUAGAGGUUGACUAUACUACCCUCUCUGGUAAAUGCUCUUACUGCUCUGCACUGCUGUCUAUUUUUCUGUCUUUGCUUCGUUCCAAGCUCUGAUUAUGGCGGAAAUGCACAUAGAUAUGCCCGAAUCAAACAACCCUGAAGCUAGUAGAGACUAGGGGUGUUCAGAUAUAAAAAUACGUUACAUUUAUAGCUUUUGUAUCCGUCUGCAUGAUUUCCCUGCUGUAGACCAAGGCACAAGGCAUCCAGAGAAGCGUAAGAAAGGGAGGGGUGGGCCCAGAUCUCAGGGUCUAUUUAUAUCCUGUCUUGACCAGAUGUUCCCCACUUGUCUCAGGAGGUUUAGCUAGCUAGCUGUGAUGUAAUGACCUGGCUGCAUAGGAGAUGCUCGCAUUAUCCGGCCCCGCUCUGCUAUCUUCCAGCUGAGGUCUCCCUAGCAAACACAGAACGUACCCGUAAUGUUCCCAGAAGGUUCUCCUUUGGUUAUUUGCUAGCUGGGUGCACUCUCCAAUCAGAACACCAGCUUGGUGCUGCUGCCCAAUAUAGGCUAAACCCAGCAGCUUGGGUACAACUUUGGUUUGAUGAGUUUCUGGUAUUGAGAAGUUCAGGAUACAAGAGAGCAGUUGACACAGAUGGAUAUUUGAUUCAACCAUUAUUUAAUGGUUAUGAUGAUGGAUUCACAAACAGUGACUACGUGCUUAGCCUCUUGUCAUAUGAAUGAUUUCCAUGGAAUAUCUCUCAGCUUAUAUACUGCUAUUCCAACCUACUUUUAUCUUAUCCAGUUGCUAACCAUUAUUGAUUGUCACUCAUCCACCACCAUAUCAUCUACCUCCUCGGUGUAGUGUGGCACCCUAGCCAGGCCAUUCCAUCACGCACCCAUCCUAAGAUUAGCACCAGUGGCCCCCAAUCUAUCUUGGCACACUGACCUUCUAUUCCUCACUCGUGACACCACUAACACAUGGUGUGUCCCUGUUCAUUGUCACUCAUUCAGCUUAGGAGUUUACACACAUUAAUUAAUAUUGUAUCAUAAAUCAUCAUAUCAAUAGGGGUUUAGUAGCGCAUACAGAAAAAGUAUAUAUUAACAUUUAUUUUAACAACAUGUAUGUACAUGUAUUUAUUUGUAUUUAAAUUAUAGAUAUCUAAAUAUAUGUUUAAGUCAUUACAAAAUUGGCCAUUUUCAUAUAUUUCUACAUAUAUGUUUUUGUAUUUAAGUAUAUGGUGUGGAAAUAGAUUUUGACAGUAUGCUGUGGUAGCUAGUAAAAUAUAUUCCCAAAAUAGACACUGAGUGUACAAAACAUUAGGAACAUCUGCUGUUUCCAUGACAUAGACUGACCAGGUGAAUCCAGGUGAAAGCAAUGAUCCCUUAUUGAUGACACUUGUUAAAUCCACUUCAAUCAGUGUAGAUGAAGGGGAGGAGACAGGUUAAAGAAUGAUUUUUAAGCCUUGAGAUAUGGAUUGUGUAUGUGUGCCAUUCAGAGUGUGAAUGGGCAAGACAAAAGAUUUAAGUGCCUUUGAACGGGGUAUGGUAGUAGGUGCCAAGCACACUGGUUUGAGUGUGUCAAGAACUGCAACGCUGCUGGGUUUUUCACACUCAACAGUUUCCCAUGUGUAUCAAGAAUGGUCCACUACCCAAAGGACAUCCAGCCAACUUGACACAACUGUGGGAAGCAUUGGAGUCAACAUGGGCCAGCAUCCCUGUGGAACACUUUCGACACCUUGUAGAGUCCAUGCUCCGACGAAUUGAUGCUGUUCCAAGGGCAAAAGGCGGUGCAACUCAAUAUUAGGAAGGUGUUCCUUAUGUUUCGUACACAUGAGAAAGCUUUUUGGCGGUGACAGCCUAAAUUGUAACGCUGCGCUGUCAGUUGGAGGCGGGGCUGGGGCUGCAGAAUUUAUUUUCAACUACAACUUUUGCAUGCAAAAUACCACUUUGGAAACCUAAUGCUAAGGUAUCAGAGGUCAAUAGAGACUCAACAUUAUCAUUGGGUAGAGAAGGUUGUGAGGUGUGAGUGUGUAUUUUACAUAUAUUUUAUUUAUGUAUAUAUUUGAUUAAAAUAUAAUCCCAAUAUAUAAAAACAUUAUUGAAAUGUAUUCCAAUAUAUUAUUUUUCUGUAUGGGAGUGUUUUGUAUGUGCUUACUAUAGAUUAAGCUUAGUUUUGUACUUAAAAAUGAUCAAUGCAAACCUCCAGCGAAAAGGCUUUCUAGUCCAGGACUAGGCUUAAUCUGUAUCUGGGAAACCAACCCUUAAUGUGUGGAGCUGAGAGGUUUUGGAUCAAAUGAUUAUAAGAUUAUCUUGAUCUACAUUGUUUUUCAUGGGCUCUGUUUGAAAGUAGAGCCAAUUUAGACAAUUUAGGUUGUUUUUUCUGGCCUUCUGAAAGCAGAGGGUUAUACAUUUCAUUUGACAUGAGCCUCAAAGCUGUUCCUUAUUUAGCUACAUCCCAAUGUAUGGUCAUUAUUUGUUCACACCUUUUCACUGUCAGCCGAUCAUAACAAUCCUAAAUCUGCUCUGUUCUCUAGCUGCUAGCAUACACUUUGUACUAAAUUUUGUAAUUCUGAUUGUAAAAAACAAACAAAUCAAUUCCUGUGUUUUUUUAAUGUAUUUGGAUGGAUUGUUUUGUCUAUUUGCUGAACAAAUACAUUCCUCAUUAGCGGAUAGCCUAAUAACAUUUUCUGAUCUAAUUUAAUCUCCUCAAACAACAGGUCAACAUCAUCCCCAUCAUCGCCAAAUCAGACGCAAUCUCCAAGAGCGAGUUGACCAAGUUCAAGAUCAAGAUCACCAGUGAGCUGGUCAGCAACGGUGUUCUGAUCUACCAAUUCCCCACUGACGACGAGACGGUGGCAGAGAUCAACUCCACCAUGAACGUAAGAUAAACCUUCUCUGAUGCCGCUCAUUUUAGUUCAGCAGCAUUUCAGCAAGUUAUACAGACUUACUAGUUAUUGUUGAGAAGUAUGAGAGUGACUGACAAGGUUUGUUUAGGAAGAAAUAUCAAGUGAUACAAUACUUGAUUGUCUGUUUUCAUGGAAGAUAUUUUUGUGAGGCCAGGUACAUACAAUAUACAGUUGAAGUCGGAAGUUUGCAUACACCUUAGCCAAAUACAUUUAAACUCAGUUUUUCACAAUUCCUGACAUUUAAUCCUAGUAAAAAUUCCCUGUUUUAGGUCAGUUAGGAUCACCACUUUAUUUUAAGAAUGUGAAAUGUCAGAAUAAUAGUAGAGAGAAUUAUUUAUUUCAGAUGUUAUUUAUUUCAUCACAUUCCCAGUUGGUCAGAAGUUUACGUACACUCAAUUAGUAUUUAGUAUCAUUGUCUUUCAAUUGUUUAACUUGGGUCAAACGUUUCGGGUAGUUUUCCACAAGCUUCCCACAAUAAGUUGGGUGAAUUUUGGCCCAUUCCUCCUGACAGAGCUGGUGUAACUGAGUCAGGUUUGUAGUCCUCCUUGCUCCCACAUGCUUUUUCAGUUCUGCCCAUAUAUUUUCUAUAGGAUUGAGGUCAGGGCUUUGUGAUGGCCACUCCAAUACCUUGACUUUGUUGUCCUUAAGCCAUUUUGCCACAACUUUGGAAGAAUGCUUGGGGUCAUUGUCCAUUUGGAAGACCCAUUUGCGACCAAGCUUUAACUUCCUGACUGAUGUCUUGAGAUGUUGCUUCAAUAUAUCCACAUAAUUUUCCUUCCUCAUGAUGCCAUCUAUUUUGUGAAGUGCACCAGUCCCUCCUGCAGCAAAGCACCCCCACAUCAUGAUGCUGCCACCCCGUGCUUCACGGUUGGGAUGGUGUUCUUCGGCUUGCAAGCUCCCCCUUUUUCCUCCAAACAUAACGAUGGUCAUUAUGGCCAAACAGUUCUAUUUUUGUUUCAUCAGACCAGAGGACAUUUCUCCAAAAAGUACAAUCUUUGUCCCCAUUUGCAGUUGCAAACCGUAGUCUGGCUUUUUUAUGGCGGUUUUGGAGCAGUGGCUUCUUCCUUGCUGAGCGGCCUUUCAGGUUAUGUCGAUAUAGGACUCCUUUUACUGUGGAUAUAGAUACUUUUGUACCUGUUUCCUCCAGCAUCUUCACAAGGUCCUUUGCUGUUGUUCUGGGAUUGAUUUGCACUUUUCGCACCAAAGUACGUUCAUCUCUAGGAGACAGAACGCGUCUCCUUCCUGAGCGGUAUGACGGCUGCGUGGUCCCAUGGUGUUUAUACUUGUGUACUAUUGUUUGUACAGAUGAACGUGGUACCUUCAGUCAUUUGGAAAUUGCUCCCAAGGAUGAACCGGACUUGUGGAGAUCUACAAUUUUUUUUCUGAGGUCUUGGCUGAUUUCUUUUGAUUUUCCCAUGAUGUCAAGCAAAGAGGCACUGAGUUUACAUCUACAGGUACACCUCCAAUUGACUCAAAUGAUGUCAAUUAGCCUAUCAGAAGCUUCUAAAGCCAUGACAUAAUUUUCUGGAAUUUUCCAAGCUGUUUAAAGGCACAGUCAACUUAUUGUAUAUAAACUUCUGACCCACUGGAAUUGUGAUACAGUGAAUUAUAAGUGAAAUAAUCUGUCUGUAAACAAUUGUUGGAAAAAUUACUUGUGUCAUGCACAAAGUAGAUGUCCUAACCGACUUGCUAAAACUGUAGUUUGUUAACAAGAAAUUUGUGGAGUGGUUGAAAAACAAGUUUUAAUGACUCCAACCUAAGUGUAUGUAAACUUCCGACUUCAACUGUACGUACAAUAUAGUGGACAAAAUCAUUACAGGAGUAGAUAUGGUUGUGUAUCUGUACCCCUUGUGAGAGUUUCCUUUCACUUUGAGUUCUGAGUAAUUUAUUCUGUUCAUUCUCAGAAAACUAAACCAGCAGCACUAGAGCAGGAUACGAGCACCAUCUGUGUCCACUCCUCCUCCUCCUCCUCCUCCUCCUCCUCCUCCUCCUCCACCACCUCCUCCUCCUAGUCAGGAAGCCACAGCAGCCCCACACAGGGAGAGGACAGUACAGUACAGUACAGUCCAGUACAGUGUAUGACAAUCAGCUAGCUCUCGCUACAGGAAGCUCUCAGUGUGAGAAAGGACCCCGAGCCGCUGGCUAACGGGCCGGGGCUAAAUGAGCGGACCAUGAGGAGUGACAUAAGCGAGUAGAGAAUGCCAACGCUUGCGACUGAGCAGAACCCAGCUGAUUUGCAUUAGUCAAUUAGCUCUCUUAGACUCUCGCCCUCCGAUCUCACGAAGACGCCACCGAUCUUGCAGAAAGGUCACCCACACCGACCACUGCAGUGAGAAGCCCUUGCUGUCUAUGAAAAUGAGCUAUCGCUGUUGGAUGAAUGGAACGUGUAUUAACUUGCAAUAUAGACCUAACAUGACACAUGUCACUUGUAAUUCACUUUGUGUUAGGUUCACUCUGCCAGUUGGUUCGCCUAUCAAGAGAUAUGCUCCAAUUUAUCCAAAUCUAAACAAAUAAAUAAUCAAGUUAUGUAAUGGAGUGAUAACAUGGUAUGAUAAUUGCAGGAAGUGUGAAUAGUGUGUGUGCUUGCAUGAUGUGUAUUUAGUUGUGUGUAUUUGUGUGUGAUAUGUGUGUUGUGUUUGAUAGAGAGUUUGAUCGUUCCAAGAUGGCGUAGUAGUGCAGUUCUGUUUUUGUCGUGUGUCUGUAAAUAGCCUGUAAAUACCCUGUUUUUUUGUAUUUUUCGUACAUAUUUCCCUAUCAGACUUUUCAUCCUUCUACAAAAUAUACUUUCCUGCAACCCGCCUCACUCAAUGUGGAACGGAUUCUAUUAUUGACUUACCUUUUAUCUAGAAUCUCCAGUUGAAACUAGCUAGCCAGCUAACUAGCUACUUGCUAUUAGCCACAGUUAGCGGUAUUUCACCCAGAACAUUGGAUUUUUUUUCUGCAGGAUUAAUUUAAUCACUGGACAUUAAUCACCGGAUAUUCGGCCAGUCUGCACAGCGCGUUAUCGACCCAGAACAUAUCAGUUUUUCUGCCGGAAUCACUGAAUCACUGGACCUUUAACUCCGGUUUCAUCGCUACCAGCUAGCUGCAACAAAUUGGACGCUGUGGUCUGGCUAAUCAUCCUGAGCUAGGCCCAUCUCCCGGCUAUCUACCUCUCUGUCAACCGGACGGGACCACCUAGUGUUGACACGGAGCCCCGCCGAUCCUACACGACUGGUCUGCCGACAAAAUCGUCUGAUGUGGUUACGACGUCGACCACGAAGAUUCCAUCUGCUAGCCCCGGCCCGCUAGCACACGCUAGCCAUGGCCUCUUACUCGCUAGUGCUUUAGCAGCCUCCGAACUAUCCUAUUGCUAUUCACCGGACCUUUGAUAACUCAGCUACACAGCUGAUGUCUGCUGGACUGUUCCUUUUUACGGUACUACAUCCUGUUUAUGUUUAGCCUCAGCCCAAACAUGGUUAGCUUAUUGUUGUUUCGGUUAUUUCUAAUUGUACUAUUUCACUGUAGAUCCCCCAGCCCAGCUAAACCUGCCUUAGAUAGCUCCUUUGUCCCACCUCCCAUACACGCGGAGACCGACUCAAUUGAUGCCUCCAGUGAUGCUAUCUCUUUCAUUGUUACCCAACGCUUAGGUUUACCUCCACUUUACUCAUAUCCUUCCAUAUCCUUGUCUGUACAUAAUGCCCUGAAUCUUUUCUACAACACCCGGAAAUCUGCCCCCUUUAUUCUAUGUACCCAACGCACUAGAAGACCAGUUCUUAAAGCCUUUAGCCGUAUCCUUAUUCUAGUCCUCCUCUGUUCCUCUGGUGAUGUAGAGGCUAACCCAGGCCCUGCAGCCCUCAGUAUCACUCCUACUCCCCAGGCGCUAUCAUUUGCUGACUUCUGUAAUCGCAAAAGUCUUGGUUUCUUGCACAUAAAUAUCAGAAGUCUACUUCCUAAGUUUGAGUUAUUCACUGCGUUAGCACACUCCGCCAACCCUGAUGUUCUAGCAGUGUCUGAAUCCUGGCUCAGGAAGGCCACCAAAAAUUCUGAAAUUUCCAUCCCCAACUAUAACAUUUUCCGUCUAGAUAGAACUGCCAAAGGGGGUGGAGUUGCAAUCUACUGUAGAGAUAGCCUGCAGAGCUCUAUCAUACUAUCCAGGUCUGUGCCCAAACAGUUUGAGCUUCUACUUCUAAAAAUCCACCUUUCCAGAAAUAAGUCUCUCACUGUUGCCGCUUGCUACAGACCCCCCUCAGCCCCCAGCUGUGCCCUGGACACCAUAUGUGAAUUGAUUGCCCCCCAUUUAUCCUCAGAGUUCGUACUGCUUGGUGACCUUAAUUGGGUAUGCUUAAUAACCCGGCCAUCCUACAAUCCAAACUAGAUGCCCUCAACCUCACGCAAAUGAUCAACGAACCUACCAGGUACAACCCUAAAUCCGUAAACAUGGGUACCCUCAUAGAUAUCAUCCUGACUAACAUACCCUCUAAAUACAACUCAGCUGUCUUCAACCAGGAUCUCAGCGAUCACUGCCUUAUUGCCUGCGUCCGUAACGGGUCCGCGGUCAAACGACCACCCCUCAUCACUGUCAAACGCUCCCUAAAACACUUUAGCGAGCAGGCCUUCCUAAUUGACCUGGCCCAGGUAUCAUGGAUGGAUAUACAGUGGGGGAAAAAAGUAUUUAGUCAGCCACCAAUUGUGCAAGUUCUUCCACUUAAAAAGAUGAGAGAGGCCUGUAAUUUCCAUCAUAGAUACACGUCAACUAUGACAGACAAAAUGAGAAUUUUUUUUCCAGAAAAUCACAUUGUAGGAUUUUUUAUGAAUUUAUUUGCAAAUUAUGGUGGAAAAUAAGUAUUUGGUCAAUAACAAAAGUUUCUCAAUACUUUGUUAUAUACCCUUUGUUGGCAAUGACACAGGUCAAACGUUUUCUGUAAGUCUUCACAAGGUUUUCACACACUGUUGCUGGUAUUUUGGCCCAUUCCUCCAUGUAGAUCUCCUCUAGAGCAGUGAUGUUUUGGGGCUGUCGCUGGGCAACACAGACUUUCAACUCCCUCCAAAGAUUUUCUAUGGGGUUGAGAUCUGGAGACUGGCUAGGCCACUCCAGGACCUUGAAAUGCGUCUUACGAAGCCACUCCUUCGUUGCCCGGGCGGUGUGUUUGGGAUCAUUGUCAUGCUGAAAGACCCAGCCACGUUUCAUCUUCAAUGCCCUUGCUGAUGGAAGGAGGUUUUCACUCAAAAUCUCAUGAUACAUGGCCCCAUUCAUUCUUUCCUAUACAAAGAUCAGUCGUCCUGGUCCCUUUGCAGAAAAACAGCCCCAAAGCAUGAUGUUUCCACCCCCAUGCUUCACAGUAGGUAUGGUGUUCUUUGGAUGCAACUCAGCAUUCUUUGUCCUCCAAACACGACGAAUUGAGUUUUUACCAAAAAGUUAUAUUUUGGUUUCAUCUGACCAUAUGACAUUCUCCCAAUCCUCUUCUGGAUCAUCCAAAUGCACUCUAACAAACUUCAGACGGGUACUGGCUUAAGCAGGGGGACACGUCUGGCACUGCAGGAUUUGAGUCCCUGGCGGCGUAGUGUGUUACUGAUGGUAGGCUUUGUUACUUUGGUCCCAGCUCUCUGCAGGUCAUUCACUAGGUCCCCCCGUGUGGUUCUGGGAUUUUUGCUCACCGUUCUUGUGAUCAUUUUGACCCCACGGGGUGAGAUCUUGCGUGGAGCCCCAGAUCGAGGGAGAUUAUCAGUGGUCUUGUAUGUCUUCCAUUUCCUAAUAAUUGCUCCCACAGUUGAUUUCUUCAAACCAAGCUGCUUACCUAUUGCAGAUUCAGUCUUCCCAGCCUGGUGCAGGUCUACAAUUUUGUUUCUGGUGUCCUUUGACAGCUCUUUGGUCUUGGCCAUAGUGGAGUUUGGAGUGUGACUGUUUGAGGUUGUGGACAGGUGUCUUUUAUACUGAUAACAAGUUCAAACAGGUGCCAUUAAUACAGGUAACGAGUGGAGGACAGAGGAGCCUCUUAAAGAAGAAGUUACAGGUCUGUGAGAGCCAGAAAUCUUGCUUGUUUGUAGGUGACCAAAUACUUAUUUUCCACCAUAAUUUGCAAAUAAAUUCAUUAAAAAUCCUACAAUGUGAUUUUCUGGAUUUUUUUCUCUCAAUUUGUCUGUCAUAGUUGACGUGUACCUAUGAUGAAAAUUACAGGCCUCUCUCAUCUUUUUAAGUGGGAGAACUUGCACAAUUGGUGGCUGACUAAAUACUUUUCCCCCCCACUGUAGAUCUCAUUCCGUCAGUAGAGGAUGCCUGGUUGUUCCUUAAAAGUAAUUUCCUCUCAAUCUUAAAUAAACAUGCCCCAUUCAAAAAAUACAGAACUAAGAACCGAUAUAGCCCCUGGUUCUCCUCAGACUUGACUGCCCUUGACCAGCACAAAAACAUCCUGUGGCGUACUGCAUUAGCAUCAAAUAGCCCCCGCGAUAUGCAACUUUUCAGGGAAGUUAGGAACCAAUAUACACAAGCAGUCAGGAAAGCAAAGGCUAACUUUUUCAAACAGAAAUUUGCAUCCUGUAGCACUAACUCCAAAAAGUUUUGGGACACUGUAAAGUCCAUGGAGAAUAAGAGCACUUCCUCCCAGCUACCCACUGCACUGAGGCUAGGAAACACUAUCACCACCGAUAAAUCUACAAUAAUCGAGAAUUUCAACAAGCAUUUUGCUACAGCUGGCCAUGCUUUCCAUCUGGCUACAACUACCCCGGCCACCAACUCUGCACCCUCCGCUGCAACUUGCCCAUGCCCCCCCCCCCCCCCCCGCUUCUCCUUCACACAAAUUCAGACAGCUGAUGUUUUGAAAGCGCUGCAAAAUCUGGACCCCUACAAAUCAGCUGGGCUAGACAAUCUGGACCCUUUCUUUCUAAAACUAGCCGCCGAAAUUGCCGCAACCCCUAUUACUAGUCUGUUCAACCUCUCUUUCAUAACGUCUGAGAUCCCCAGAGAUUGGAAAGCUGCCGCGGUCAUCCCCCUCUUCAAAGGGGGUGACACUCUAGAUCCAAACUGCUACAGACCUAUAUCCAUCCUGCCCUGCCUUUCGAAAGUAUUUGAAAGCCAAGUUAACAAACAGAUCACCGACCAUUUCGAAUACCACCGUACCUUCUCCGCUAUGCAAUCCGGUUUCCGAGCUGGUCAUGGGUGCACUUCAGCCACGCUCAAGGUCCUAAACGAUAUUAUAACCGCGAUUGAUAAUAGACAGUACUGUGCAGCCGUCUUCAUCGACCUGGCCAAGGCUUUCGACUCUGUCAACCACCGCAUUCUUAUUGGCAGACUAAAUAGCCUUGGUUUCUCAAAUGACUGCCUCGCCUGGUUCACCAACUACUUCUCAGAUAGAGUUCAGUGUGUCAAAUCGGAGGGCCUGUUGUCUGGACCUAUGGCAGUCUCUAUGGGGGUGCCACAGGGUUCAAUUCUUGGGCCGACACUUUUCUCCGUGUAUAUCAAUGAUGUCGCUCUUGCUGCUGGUGACUCUCAGAUCCACCUCUACGCAGACGACACCAUUUUGUAUACAUCUGGCCCUUCAUUGGACACUGUGUUAACAAACCUCCAAACGAGCUUCAAUGCCAUACAACACUCCUUCAGUAGCCUCCAACUGCUCUUAAACACUAGUAAAACUAAAUGCAUGCUUUUCAAUCGAACGCUGCUGGCACCCGCCCACCCGACUAGAAUCACCACUCUCGACGGGUCUGACCUAGAGUAUGUGGACAACUACAAAUACCUAGGUGUCUGGUUAGACUGUAAACUCUCCUUCCAGACUCACAUAAAGAAUCUCCAAUCCAAAGUUAAAUCUAGAAUCGGCUUCCUAUUUCGCAACAAAGCCUCCUUCACUCAUGCUGCCAAACAUGCCCUCGUAAAACUGACUAUCCUACCGAUCCUUGACUUCGGCGAUGUCAUUUACAAAAUAGCCUCCAACACUCUACUCAGCAAAUUGGAUGUAGUCUAUCACAGUGCCAUCCGUUUUGUCUCCAAAGCCCCAUACACUACCCACCGCUGUGACCUGUACGCUCUUGUUGGCUGGUCCUCACUACAUGUUCGUCGUCAAACCCACUGGCUCCAGGCCAUCUAUAAAUCACUGCUAGGCAAAUCCCCGCCUUAUCUUAGCUCAUUGGUCACCAUAGCAGCACCCACCCGUAGUCUGCGCUCCAGCAGGUAUAUCUCACUGGUCAUUCCCAAAGCCAACACCUCCUUUGGCCGCCAUUCCUUCCAGUUCUCUGCUGCCAAUGACUGGAACGAAUUGCAAAAAUCUCUGAAGCUGGAGACUCUUAUCUCCCUCAAUAACUUUAAGCAUCAGUUGUCAGAGCACCUUACCGAUCACUGCACCUGUACACAGCCCAUCUGAAAUUAGCCCACCCAACUACCUCAUCCCUAUAUUGUUAUUUAUUUUGCUCUUUUGCACCCCAGUAUCUCUAUUUGCACAUAAUCUCUUGCACAUCUAGCAUUCCAGUGUUAAUACUAUUGUAAUUAUUUUGCACUAUAGCCUAUUUAUUGCCUUACCUCCAUAACUUGCUACAUUUGCACACACUGUAUAUAUAUUUUCUGUUGUAUUUUAGACUUUAUGUUUUUUACCCCAUAUGUAACUCUGUGUUGUUUUUAUUGCACUGCUUUGCUUUAUCUUGGCCAGGUCGCAGUUGUAAAUGAGAACCUGUUCUCAACUGGCUUACCUGGUUAAAUAAAGGUUAAAAAAAAAAGGCAGAGACUCAGGUGUCGGUGACGAGAAUCCUUUCUCCCGUCUGCUCCGCAGGCCCAUUUGCCGUUCGCCGUGGUGGGAAGCACGGAGGAAGUGAAGAUCGGCAACAAGAUGGUGAAAGCGCGGCAGUACCCCUGGGGGACGGUACAGGGUAAGCUAGGUCACAUCAACAGAGGAAAUGAGAGGGGAGAUCGUCACACCCAUUCCACCCUAACUCCCUAAACAACUGCAUUCAUACCGUCAAGAGGGAUGCCAUCACUGCUGCUUAUGUAAUCUCAUUCAUGUUUGUCUAUUUAACACUGCAUGUGCCCACUCUUUCAUAAUUGUAUGAGCUACAGCAGUUGUUGCUUGAGUCAUGUCACAAAUGUCUGAGGGUUCUAUGGGAUUGAUUUAUCUCAAACAAGUCAAUAUUGCUUGAAAAGUGGUAGAUCAUGAAACCUGUGAGCAUGAUCAGGGAAAGUCACUGAUUUACCAUAGGAAUACAGAUGUUAAAUCUCUCGUAUUCUCAGUAUAUCAAAUUAUAAGAUAUUAGAAUUAUAUGACACUUCCUCCAUAUCCCCACACCUUAUCAGCUGUCAAUUUGUUAUUUGGUUCAGUAUGGUGUACUCGUGCGUAUGUCAGUGUAGGCUGUGUGUGGAUACGUGGGGGGUUAUAUGAACUAGACCUAGCCCUGCCUAGCACAUGGAACAUAUAUACAAUAGUUGUUUCCGGAGGCUGAGGCUGUCUCAGACAUUGUGUACCAUGCUCUACUCAGUUCACUCUAUGGUUCAUUGAUGGUGCACGAGGCCAGGGGCCACCUCACGUGGCACUCCGCUAGAUUCUAAAACCAGAAAUUAACCCGCCAUAGGGCAUGAAUGGAGCUGCAUUAGUGUACAUUUGUUAACGCAUGAGCAGACUUCUGAAUCACUGAGUAUUACACAUGCCUGCAGUUUAAUCAGAAAUGUGUUUAAAACAAGCAAUUGUGUGAGCUGUAUGUUUCUGGUCUUUUACAAUGGUUGUUUGUUCAAUCUGACCCACACUGUCACAACCAGUGGUAGUGUUUUAAUCGAACGCCGUUGAGUAGUAGCUGUCUGACGCAUGAUGGGGUGUUUGUAUGAAUGUAUGUGUGUGUGUGUGUGUGUGUGUGUGUGUGACAUUGGCAGUGGAGAAUGAGAACCACUGUGACUUUGUGAAGCUGAGAGAGAUGCUGAUCAGGGUGAACAUGGAGGAUCUUAGAGAGCAGACUCACACCAGACACUACGAGCUCUACCGCCGCUGCAAGCUGGAGGAGAUGGGCUUCAAGGACACGGACCCUGACUGCAAACCCUUCAGGUGAGGCUGCUUCUCUUCAUAUUUCCUCCUUACUUCCUGUUUCUGUUUCCUCCCUACAUCCCUCAGAGACUGCGUCCCGAUUCUCCACCCUGCACACUCCUUGUCAUGGAUUUAACAAUGGUUGAAACUCCCUCCACAGGGAUGCCCUUUGUAUGUUAUUUAUUUUCUUUAGCCACAGAACCCCUAGCAACAAUAAUUAGAACUCAUGGCUCAAUACGGGGCAUAGAGAUUGGUGGAGAUCAACAUGUGACAUCAUUGUAUGCAGAUGACAUUUUACUUUAUUUAUCUGAACCAGAACAUUCUCUGUCAUUUAUUUUUUAUUGUGGUCCUCUGUAGCUCAAUUGGUAGAGCAUGGCGCUUGUAACGCCAGGGUAGUGGGUUCGAUCCCCGGGACCACCCAUACGUAAAAAUGUAUGCAUACAUGACUGUAAGUCGCUUUGGAUAAAAGCGUCUGCUAAAUGGCAUAUUAUUAUUAUUAUUAUUAUUAUUUUACUACUGUUGGACACAUGGUGCUGUAUCAGGCUUGAAAGUGAAUUGGGAGAAAACUGAAAUAAUGCCCAUUUCUAAUCAUGACUUCUCAAGCUUAGAAAGUACAGUCGUGGUCAAAGGUUUUGAGAAUGACACAAGUAUUGGUCUUCACAAAGUUUUCUGCUUCAGUGUUUUUAGAUAUUUUUGUCAGAUGUUACUAUGGUAUACUGAAGUAUAAUUACAAGCAUUCCAUACGUGUCAAAGGCUUUUAUUGACAAUUACAUUAAGUUUAUGCAAAGAGUCAAUAUUUGCAGUGUUGACCCUUCUUUUUCAAGACCUCUGCAAUCCACCCUGGCAUGCUGUCAAUUAACUUCUGGGCCACAUCCUGACUGAUGGCAGCCCAUUCUUGCAUAAUCAAUGCUUGGAGUUUGUCAGAAUUUGUGGGUUUUUGUUUGUCCAAUCUUGAGGAUUGACCACAAGUUCUCAAUGGGAUUAAGGUCUGGGGAGUUUCCUGGCCAUGGACCAAAAUGUUGAUGUUUUGUUCCCCGAGCCACUUAGUUAUCACUUUUGCCUUAUGGCAAGGUGCUCCAUCAUGCUGGAAAAGGCAUUGUUCAUCACCAAACUGCUCUCGGAGGAUGUGUUGGUACCAUUCUUUAUUCAUGGCUGUGUUCUUAGGCAGAAUUGUGAGUGAGCCCACUCCCUUGGCUGAGAAGCAACCCCACACAUGAAUGGUCUCAGGAUGCUUUACUGUUGGCAUGACACAGGACUGAUGGUAGUGCUCACCUUUUCUUCUCCGGACAAGCUUUUUUCCGGAUGCCCCAAACAAUCGGAAAGGGGAUUCAUCAAAGAAAAUGACUUUACCCCAGUCCUCAGCAGUCCAAUUGCUGUACCUUUUGCAGAAUAUCAGUCUGUCCCUGAUUUUUCCUGGACAGAAGUGGCUUCCUCGCUGCCCUUCUUGACACCAGGCCAUCCUCCAAAAGUCUUCGCCUCACUGUGUGUGCAGAUGCACUCACACCUGCCUGCUGCCAUUCCUGAGCAAGCUCUGCACUGGUGGUGCCCCGAUCCCGCAGCUGAAUCAACUUUAGGAGACGGUCAUGGCGCUUGCUGGACUUUCUUGGGCGCCCUGACGCCUUCUUCACAACAAUUUAACCUCUCUCCUUGAAGUUCUUGAUGAUCCGAUAAAUGGUUGAUUUAGGUGCAAUCUUACUAGCAGCAAUAUCCUUGCCUGUGAAGCCCUUUUUGUGCAAAGCAAUGAUGACGGCACGCGUUUCCUUGCAGGUAACCAUGGUUAACAGAGGAAGAACAAUGAUUUCAAGCACCACCCUCCUUUUAAAGCUUCCAGUCUGUUAUUCUAACUCAAUCAGCAUGACAGAGUGAUCUCCAGCCUUGUCCUCGUCAACACUCUCACCUGUGUUAACGAGAGAAUCAUUGACAUGAUGUCAACUGGUCCUUUCGUGGCAGGGCUGACAUGCAGUGGAAAUGUUUUAUUUUAUUUUUAUAAGUUCAUUUUCAUGGCAAAGAGGGACUUUGCAAUUAAUUGCAAUUCAUCUGAUCACUCUUCAUAACAUUCUGGAGUAUAUGCAAAUUGACAUCAUAAAAACUGAGGCAGCAGACUGUGAAAAUGUAUAUUUGUGUCAUUCUCAAAACUUGACCAUGACUGUACAUCAAAGUGGAACUAGACAAAGACACAUAUGAAAUCCCUGGGUGUACUGAUACCAUGCAGUCUGGAAGAGGCAUAUAAAAUCAAUUACUCUCCUUUAAUAGAUAGGUUUGAAUCUGAUGUUCAGAGAUGGAGAUCUCUCCCUAUCUCCAUGUUGGGUAGGGUCAACAUAAUCAAAAUGAAUAUAUUACUAAGGUUGAUGUAUUUAUUCCAGGCCCUGCCAGUUUCAAUUCCAUCCAACUUUUUAAAUUAAAUAAAUGGCCUGCUCCAACUUUAUUUGGAAUGGAAAGACCUUAGGAAGAUGGGAAGAUGUAUUACUGGGCUGCACAACUGCGUUCACUUAAACAAUGGACAGCAGACUAUCCUUGUGCAUGGAGGAGUAUUUAAGCCAUACAUUUAAUACCUUAUGAUCUAAAAUAUAUUCACUAUAUUCACUACUAAAACAGAGUCCAAUGAUUCUCAAUUUCAUUCGUGUUUUGGAAAAUAUACAUAAGUUAAUGAGGUGGAAAGAUCCAAUAUCGCCAGGCCCCCCUAUUUGAAAUAACCUCACCUUACCUCCAGUGUUUAAUGAUAACACCUUUAAGUCCUGGUUCCAAAGUGGCAUUAUGAAUUUUGAACAUGGAUCUCUACUGUCAUUCAAUCAAUUACAGGUAAGAUUUGGAUUAUCCAAGGCCAAUUUCUUUAAGUUCUUCCAUUCAACAGAAUCUGGAUGAACCAACGGCAUCUAGUAUAGAAAAAAUACUGAAAGAAACUGCUACGCCAAAGAAGUUGAUUGCCAAGUUAUAUUUACAUUUACGUCAUUAUAUCAAGGGUUGAUUGAAACUCUACCAGAUGGUUAGAGGAAAAAUGGGAAACAGAUCUAAAGGAAGAAAUUGAGGAGAACCAUUGGUCACAGAUACAGUGGGGAAAAAAAGUAUUUAGUCAGCCACCAAUUGUGCAAGUUCUCCCACUUAAAAAGAUGAGAGAGGCCUGUAAUUUUCAUACUAUGACAGACAAAAUGAGGAAAAAAAAUCCAGAAAAUCACAUUGUAGGAUUUUUAAUGAAUUUAUUUGCAAAUUAUGGUGGAAAAUAAGUAUUUGGUCAAUAACAAAAGUUUCUCAAUACUUUGUUAUAUACCCUUUGUUGGCAAUGACACAGGUCAAACGUUUUCUGUAAGUCUUCACAAGGUUUUCACACACUGUUGCUGGUAUUUUGGCCCAUUCCUCCAUGCAGAUCUCCUCUAGAGCAGUGAUGUUUUGGGGCUGUCGCUGGGCAACACGGACUUUCAACUCCCUCCAAAGAUGUUCUAUGGGGUUGAGAUCUGGAGACUGGCUAGGCCCCUUCAGGACCUUGAAAUGCUUCUUACGAAGCCACUCCUUCGUUGCCCGGGCGGUGUGUUUGGGAUCAUUGUCAUGCUGAAAGACCCAGCCACGUUUCAUCUUCAAUGCCCUUGCUGAUGGAAGGAGGUUUUCACUCAAAAUCUCACGAUACAUGGCCCCAUUCAUUCUUUCCUUUACACGGAUCAGUCGUCCUGGUCCCUUUGCAGAAAAACAGCCCCAAAGCAUGAUGUUUCCACCCCCAUGCUUCACAGUAGGUAUGGCGGCGUAGUGUGUUACUGAUGGUAGGCUUUGUUACUUUGGUCCCAGCUCUCUGCAGGUCAUUUACUAGGUCCCCCCGUGUGGUUCUGGGAUUUUUGCUCACCGUUCUUGUGAUCAUUUUGACCCCACGGGGUGAGAUCUUGCGUGGAGCCCCAGAUCGAGGGAGAUUAUCAGUGGUCUUGUAUGUCUUACAUUUCCUAAUAAUUGCUCCCACAGUUGAUUUCUUCAAACCAAGCUGCUUACCUGUUGCAGAUUCAGUCUUCCCAGCCUGGUGCAGGUCGACAAUUUUGUUUCUGGUGUCCUUUGACAGCUCUUUGGUCUUGGCCAUAGUGGAGUUUGGAGUGUGACUGUUUGAGGUUGUGGACAGGUGUAUUUUAUACUGAUAACAAGUUCAAACCGGUGCCAUUAAUACAGGUAACGAGUGGAGGACAGAGGAGCCUCUUAAAGAAGAAGUUACAGGUCUGUGAGAGCCAGAAAUCUUGCUUGUUUGUAGGUGACCAAAUACUUAUUUUCCACCAUCAUUUGCAAAUCAAUUCAUUAAAAAUCCUACAAUGUGAUUUUCUGGAUUUUUUUCCUCAAUUUGUCUGUCAUAGUUGACGUGUACCUAUGAUGAAAAUUACAGGCAUCUCUCAUCUUUUUAAGUGGGAGAUUGCACAAUUGGUGGCUGACUAAAUACUUUUUUCCCCACUGUAUGUGAAAAUGUUCAUAUCUGCCCCUACAACCGAAGACAUAAACUACUGCAAUUCAUGAUAAUUCAUAGGACUUCCUACACUCCUGCCAGAAUGCAUGUAAUGCACCCAGAAAUGUCACAUAUCUGUUGGAGAUGCAAAAAGCACAAAUGAAACCUAUUACAUAUAUCUGUUGGGAAAUGUAAAUAUUGGUGAUCAAUAUCAGAGAAAGUUUUGUAAUCUAGGUCUAAUUGUUGCAAGUAAAAUGGAUAGCCAUCUAUUGGAAAGCCUUAUAUUCACCCUCAAUAACAAACAGGAGGACUGAACUAUCUAGCUACAUCCCAUAAGACUAUAUAUUAUCAAAUUAAACAUAAACCAGACAUAUUUGACAGAAUUUGAAAAACAUAUGUUGACCACCUUAAAGAAUGUUUUGUAUAGUGGGCGUUUUGUUUUUGAGUUGUAGUCCUGUAAAAAAAGUAAAAAUCAAUAGUUACAAAAAAUAAGAAACUCCCUCCAUCCAAUUCUUACAUACUUUCAAUGCUUUAAAAUCCAUGCUGAGGAGUGUGCAAGUGCACUCUUUAGGAGAAGGGUGGAGAAUGGGGAAGCACUACUUUCCACUUUCUACCACCCCUUUAGUUAAUCACACCUACUUUUUGCAUUUUGAUUUAAAUGACAGUAAUGGUAGACAUAGUACUAACAUGUAUGACUCAUUAGUAUGACAUCAUUUCUGACUUUCCUCUUUCUGUGUGGAGCCCAGUCUGCAGGAGACGUACGAGGCCAAGAGGAACGAGUUCAUGGGAGAGCUGCAGAAGAAAGAGGAAGAGAUGAGGCAGAUGUUCGUCCAGAGAGUCAAGGAAAAGGAGGCUGAGCUGAAGGAGGCCGAGAAAGAGGUGUGUGUGUUAGUGUACACAGGAAGGUUUCUCCGUUACUAGUUAACGCUUUCAUUCUGCCACGUCCUCACCAAUCCUACCAACCUAAGAAGAACUACGGUUACAUGUGUGACAUCUCUGUUUGCUACAGAUAUCACACCUUCUAAAAGAGUUUCUAUCUAAGACGUAAGUCUUCUCCCUCGCCACACAGCUGCACGAGAAGUUUGACCGGCUCAAGAAGCUGCACCAGGAUGAGAAGAAGAAGCUGGAGGACAAGAAGAAAUCCCUGGAUGACGAGCUCAACGGCUUCAAGCAGAAAAAGAUGGCCGCCGAGCUCCUGCAGUCCCAGGCCCAGCAGGCAGGUGGCUCCACCACACUCAAGAGGGACAAGGAGAGAAAAAAGUAA